UGUUGAAACUGAAAAUACUACUUUAUGCUAAUCGCGGUGGGGCCCGCGAGCUGUGGGCGUGGGACCCUCGAGUAUAAAGGGGCGCGCGAAGGCUGGGCGUUCCACAGCCAAGUGCUCAGCGCUCGGUGGGUGCCAACCAGGCCAAAGCCACCCGAGCGAGCGAGGACAGGCAUCGAGGGGGCGCGGCCCGACCACAGAGCGAGCGAGACUCAGGAGCCGUUCACGGCCCGACAGCCAGGUAGCCGCCGCGCCCGCCGCGUCCCUUUGCAAAUGCAGACUCCGACUGCGCGGGGUGUCCCUUGCGCCCGGCCUUCGCCCUCCUCUUCUCCUUCUCCUUCUCCUCCUCUUCCUCUCCUCUCCUCUCCUCUCCCACGGCCCGGGACCCUGCGGUCCCUGGCCAUGUCCGACGUGUAUCUCUGCAGCGAAUUGGCAAUGGAGCGUCUUGUCUCCCGCCGCGCCUAUCCCCAGAUAGCGCGCAGCAGCGCCUGCCGUAGCCUCUUCGGGCCGGUGGACCACGAGGAGCUGAGCCGCGAGCUGCAGAUGCGCCUCGCGGAGCUGAAUGCCGAGGACCAGCGCCGCUGGGACUACAACUUCCAGCAGGACGUGCCGCUGCGGGGCCCCGGGCGCCUGCAGUGGACCGAGGUGGACAGCGAGUCCGUGCCCGCCUUCUACCGCGAGACGGUGCAGGUGGGGCGCUGCCGCCUGUUCCUGCCGCCCCGGCCCCGCCCGGAAGGCGCGGGUGCUAACCCGCCCCCCGGGCCGCCGGCUGACGAGCCCCUCGACGGCCUGGAGGAGGCGCCGGCGUCGCCCGACAGCGGCCCGGCCGUGGCUCCGGCCCCGGCCCCCGCCGCGGCGCCGCCAGAGAGCGCUGAGCAGGAGGCGGGACCGCCGCCGCGCAACCAGGAGCCCCAGGCUGAGCCGCUGCACUCAGGGAUGUCGGGGCGCCCCGCGGCGGGCACUGCGGCCACCUCCGCCGCAGCGGCCACCGCCGCGGCCGCUGCCACCACUGCCGCUGCUGCCGCCGCGGCCGGAGCUGGAGGAGCUGGGAUCAAGAAGCUGCCCGGGCCUCUGAUUUCUGCGCGCGCUGUCGCCGCAGACUUCUUUGCCAAGCGCAAGAGAUCUGCUCCGGAGGCCAAGCCCAACGAGGUCCCUGCGGGAUGCAACGCUUCUGGCGGCGCCCCGCCCGUGGGCUCCCCGGAGCAAACCCCGCGCAAGCGUCUGCGAUGAGCCUCACACCCAAAGAGCCCCGAGGGAACCCGCUGGGCAGCCGACAGAAAAAGAGCGCUGGGCCUCGGCCGGGACCGUCCUUGUAGCAGCGACCGGUGGCAAGCCGCCACCGGCAGCGUUUGGUUUUGUGUUAAAGUUUGAAAA